UGCUUAUGAACAAGCUCGAUCCCUAGAAAUGGCUUAUCAACAAUCACAUUCGUUUCAUCCUUCCGAAUUCUCCAAUUCUGCUGCAAUAUCAAACAGUGAUACAUCAAAUGAACUAAACUCUUAUGUGGGUGAAACAGGAUUGACUGCUUCAAUAAAUGAGAAAUGCUACUUCUGUGGAUUUACUAGACAUCCUCGCUCUAAAUGUCCUGCAAGGGAUGCAGUAUGCAAACUCUGUGGUAAGAAGGGGCAUUAUCAGAAGGUCUGCCGGUCAAAAUCGUACACCAAAACUACAUCAGUUACUAGUUCUUUGUUGUCUUCCAUGACUCUAGCCGCCGCUCCACAGUCUCUCUCCAAUGCGGUUGUGCAGCUUUUUGUAAAUGACAUUCCCCUACAAGCCCUCGUAGAUACUGGGAGCUCAGACAGUUAUAUUUCUUGUGCAGUCGUUCAAAAACAACAUAUAAAGGUAGAGCAUUCUCGCACUUCAAUUACAAUGGCUUCCACAAGUCUGACAACUCAUACUCAUGGUCACUGUUAUGUAAAUCUACGUUAUAAAGACUCGAGUUACUCACAUAUCAAACUUUCAGUGUUGCCAAAUCUGUGUGCUGAUGUGCUAUUAGGUCAUGAUUUUUUACGCUUGCAUAAUAAACUCGAAAUUCCAUUUGAAGGUAAAAACAAUCCAUUUUCACUGUGUAAUCUUGUUGCUGCACAUAUUGAUCCACCUCCCUUGUUUCAUAACCUAACACCCAAAUGUGUUCCGAUCGCUACAAAAUCACGAAGACAUUCCACUUCAGAUGAACAUUUCAUCAAGCUGGAAAUCAAAAAUUUACUCAGUGAGCAGAUCAUCGAACCAUCAAACUCCCCUUGGCGCGCCCAAGUUUUGGUCACUACUAAUGAACGCCACAAGCGUAGAAUGGUGAUUGAUUACAGCCAAACGAUAAAUCGUUUCACAUUAUUGGAUGCCUAUCCACUCCCAAAAAUUGAUGAGAUGAUUGAAAAGAUUUCAAAAUAUACUGUAUUUAGCACUUUGGAUUUAAAGAGUGCUUACCAUCAAAUACCCAUCAAAGAAGAAGAGAAACUGUUCACAGCUUUUGAAGCUUGCGGCAACCUCUAUCAGUUCCGUCGUAUUCCCUUUGGUGUCACAAACGGUGUUUCGUGUUUUCAGAGAGUUAUCAGUCAGAUUAUCAGAAAUGAAAAUCUUCAAGCUACAUUUGCUUAUUUAGAUAAUAUAACUAUUUGUGGUGAAAACACAGAACAACAUGCAAAAAAUCUUGCCCGGUUCUAUGAAGCAUCCAGAAAAUAUGGGCUAACAUUCAAUGAGAAUAAAAGUGUUAUUGGCGUUAAACAAGUAAAACUUCUAGGCUAUGAAGUUUCUCAUAAAAUGAUCAAACCUGAUCCCGAUAGACUUCAAGCAUUAUGGAAUUUAUCACCUCCACGAGAUCUUAAAUCCCAACAGCGAGUCAUUGGUCUCUUUGCGUAUUAUUCACAAUGGAUAUCUCAUUUCUCCGAUAAAAUUCAACCCCUUAUACAAAAUAAAAUCUUUCCAUUACCAGGUACUAUUGUAAGCUCAUAUGCAGCAUUAAAAAAUGAACUUGCUCAAUCUGUGAUGACUACUGUGGAUCUCGACUUGCCCCUUAUAGUGGAAACCGACGCUUCGGAUACUGCUAUAGCUGCUACGUUAACACAAAAUGGUAGACCCGUUGCAUUUUUUUCCAGAACACUAUCACCAAGUGAACGGCAUCACUCAGCGGUGGAGAAAGAAGCUUAUGCCAUCGUCGAAGCUAUUAGAAAAUGGCGUCAUUAUUUACUUGGUACUCAUUUCCAACUCAUUACAGACCAACGAUCAGUUUCUUUCAUGUACGAUAUGAACCACCAUGGGAAAAUAAAGAAUGACAAGAUUCAGCGUUGGCGAAUAGAACUUUCUUGUUACAGUUUUGAUAUAAUCUACCGUUGUGGCAAAGAAAACAAAGUCGCCGAUGCAUUAUCUCGCGGAUAUUCUGCUUCUGUCAUGGGUGAAACUAAUCUGAAAGACCUACAUAACUCUCUGUGCCAUCCAGGAGUUGUUCGCCUUCUUCACUUUGUGCGUUCUAAGAACCUACCUUUUUCUGUUGAUGAUGUGAAGAGGACGAUAUCUAGUUGUGCAGUUUGUGCUGAGCUGAAACCCAGGUUUUGCAAAGUAUCCACAGGAAAUCUUAUUAAAGCGACUUCUCCUUUUGAACGUCUAAAUAUUGAUUUCAAAGGACCUCUUCCUUCAAACUCCCGGAACAAAUAUCUUCUUACGAUAAUUGAUGAGUACUCUAGAUUUCCGUUCGCUUUUCCUUGCCAGGAUAUGACAGCAUCAACUGUUAUUAAUUGCCUGUGCCAGUUGUUUUCCCUGUUUGGUAUGCCAUCCUACAUACAUUCAGACAGAGGAUCGUCGUUUAUGUCUGCAGAAUUAAAACAUUUUCUCCACGAUAAAGGAAUAGUUACCAGUAGAACAACAGCAUACAACCCCCAAUCAAAUGGACAGAUUGAACGUCUCAACGGCACUCUCUGGCGAUGUAUAUCACUAGCUGCUAAAUCUAGGUCCAUACCAAUCUGUGAGUGGGAAGUUGUUCUCCCCGACGCUCUUCAUUCUAUCCGUUCUCUUUUAUGUACUGCCACAAAUACUACUCCACACGAACGGAUGUUCAGGUACAAUCGAAAAUCAACGUCUGGUGUUUCUCUUCCCAGUUGGUUAACUAUUCCUGGACCGGUCUUGAUGCGCCGUAAUGUACGUUCUAAAUAUGAAUCUCCAGUUGAUGAAGUUGAACUGAUUGAAUGUAAUCCCAAGUAUGCUCAUGUGAGACUUCCAGAUGGACGUGAGGAAACAGUAUCUAUUCAUCAUCUUGCACCAAAAGAACAUAUAUUUCAAUCGCCCGUUAGCAUGCCGAUUCCAGACGCAGUACCAGAAUGCCUCCAAAAUCAACUUACUGAAGACGACAUAUCGACCCGUUCUACAGAUACUGAAACUCCUAUUUUGACGGACAAUUUAAGUGAAAAUAUCAAAAUUGAUCCGAACCCAUCUUCUUUACUAGAGAAACAACGAAGGGUUCGUCCAUACAAUCUGAGAAGCCGCGAAGUCUAAACAGUUUUAAAAGUCUUGACUCCUUAUGCUCUGUAUUCUCAAACAAAAGGGGAGAAGAAUGUGGUGUGAACAUUUUCAUAAACGUUUAGCAUUUAUAUUAUACACUAUUCACAUCUUUCAUUUUUGUUUAAACCAGAUCCUAUACUGGAAUUAUAAAACGAAUAAAGCCUUUAUUGCGGGCCCUCAGUAUUCUCACUUGAUCGGUGAAUGUUUGAUUAACUCAUAAACACUACA